UCCAUCAGCCGAGCCUUACCCGCCUCGCGCCACUCCAUCAGCCGAGCCUUCACAAGACCACUUGUAUGCACGGCAACCGGUGCAGGGUGCAGCAGAGGUUUAUGGGAAGUCUGUCAGGUGUCCUCAUUGCAAUCUUAGUCUCCUCAAGAAGAAUUAUAACACACACCUCUUGAGGAGACAUGCUGAUUUGUCUCAUGACAUCACUCAGGCCUGUCAUCUGCAGAGUGUUAUUGUCGAUGAGACAAAUGGCAUAUUUUCCGUGCAAAAAACUGGACAUGGGUUUUCUGUGCCAGUCCAUGUCCAGAGGAAAACAUGGGGAACAAUACAUCAAGUUAGAUGUGAGCUAGAGGAAUGUGUGCAGUAUCAGAUGUUGGCUCAGCGGAGUGGAUUAAGCUAUAGUUUGUGCUCUCACAUUCGCUCUGUAGACUACUGUAGUGAGAUAGCUGCAGAGACAUUUCUCGGAGAAGACGUCCUAAGGGAUAUGAUUGCAGUAAAAUUUUUUGGAGAGGCAAAAGCAGCUAUAUGUGUGAAGAGGCAAAAGGCUGCUUGUGCAGCGCAUGUUCCUCUUUGUGUGCCUGUGGACUUUGGUGGGUCUCCAUCACAAAUAUGCCUGUCGAUCCAUGAGCCAGACAUUCAUAGUUUUAGCCGACUUGGAAGGAUAAUGUCACCUAUAACAUUCAAAGGAACACCUGGCAUUGUCCCUGCACAAAGCCACGGACAUCUUGUCCACACAUAUACAUCUCAAAGUGGCAUCUUUUUCAAACCCAAAGAGACCUCUUCAAGUCAGAGGUGCCCACAACACCAAGCUCAGAGGGUUGCAGUCUCCUGGACACCACUGGUAUAAAGAGAAGUGUGCAGUACAUUUUCAAAGAUAAAAAAAUUCCAGAAGCACUUCCAAAAGAAGUUACAACACCAAGAAUGAAGAUCGAAUACCCAAAGCAGUUAUUUCCUCUUGAGACAGCGUGCCAGUUAUGCCUUGGACAUCCUGCACUUGCAGAGGCUGUACUCGUUACCAAAAAAGCUAGGAUUGUCAGCAUGAUGGGCUUGAUAGAAAACAUUUCAACAUACCAUAGGAUAUGUCCUCAGUGCAACAUGGUGUAUAGGUACCAGGAGUGGAAAGAUGGUCUUCACAACUUUGAUAACCAUAUUUUUCUCACCCUUGAACUUUGUCUGUUUCUCAGAGAAAAUGUUACUAACCAUGUGUCUGUGUCAAGAGUUGUGGAUUCAUUGGAGGGGUUAAGAGGAGAGAAGUUUCCACCCAGGAAUGUCAUAUUUCACGCCUAUUGCCACUUUGAGGCUUUGUGCGACACAGAGUACACUUACUCCUGUAUCAACUGUGGAUUUUACCCACCUGUGGUAGUCAUGGAUUUACACAGGAAAGGGGUUUUCAAGCUGGCAGUCAGUGACCUCAAAGCACCCCCUGAUGACUUCAACGGAGAACAUGACAUUGAGAGUUUUUGGAAUUCUGUUCAUCUUGCGACGAUAAGUCGUGGUUUUUUCCAAAGCAGUGCAAACAACCCUUUCACUGUCACUCCAAGCUACGAACACUGGGCACCUUGGAUUGGGAGUGAAACACGUCGAAGUGGCACUGUUCUUAACACAGAAUUAAAAAAAGUGAGAACAUGCCCCUCUUCAACUGAAGCACAGCUGAGCAGUGUUACUGAGGACCAUCUGAUUGAUGAGUUGGCCAAACAAAAGGUUGGAGUUGUGAGAAAAUUGUGCAAAGCCUGCAACAUCGACACCAAGGGCUCCCGCCUUGAUCUCAUAACAAGACUGAAGGAGAACAUGAAGAGCAGACAAACAUAUGACAAGGUCUUCCAAAGCAUAUGGGGUGCAUCUGGUGGAUGGUCUGUAAUACUUUGCCCACAUGGCAUUGUAUACAGCAUCAAAUUUAAUCUACGUGCUGAAAGUCCCAGGGACUUUGCAGACCUGUUACUCUCCUGGAAGCACUUUCCAAAUGUCUGUGUUUAUGAUUUCGCAAGAGGUUUGGCGACACACACCAAUUUGCGGGUUCCUCAUUCACUGCCUUUCCAGCCUUUUGAGGGCAGACUGUCUGAUCCCACAGAAGAGAAUGUGAAGGCAGCCAGGGAUGGAAAAUUGCUGGUAUCACUGCAAUGGCUACAUGAAAGUGUGCACUGUGGGGAGGAUAAUGCUCAUCCGGUCACUGGAUCAUCUGAGCACUAUGUCUUAUAUGACCGCUUCCAUGAGCAGAAUGCCACAGAUCCAAAGGACAUACUACGCAGGAUCCAACUUGUCCCUGAGCUGAAAGGGUGGUUGAAUAGCCAAGUUGCUGAGCAGUUCUUUGCCAAAAUGCGUAAAAGCAACUACUUCUUCAAUAACAUGACUCCAUCAACCCAUGCAUUUCUUAUGAGAAGUGUUAUCCAUCGUCAUAACACCUCCACAAAUAGAGCACUUCUGGAGAGGCAGUUAAACUCUGGAUGUCGGCUUGAACUUCUAAACACCAUCACCUUGUCUACUUUGGGACAAGCUGUCAUAGGUGAUGCUGCAUCAAAACGACGAAGCACAACUGUGGUGGCUCAGCCAUCUUCAGCAACAAGAUCUCAACUCACUCCAGCCGAGCCAAGGUACACUGAAAGCAUAGCUGCACAACCACCCACUGAUGAAGCACAAACACAAAAUGUUGGCCCUUCGCACCAUUGUGGGCAGCAUUGUGCAACACUUACUGCCAUCAGUAACCUCAGGCCCUGUAGAACAAUGUGGUCAGCUGGAGGAGAUCAUCCCCUCCAGGAACAGCUGGUCAGCUAUGUUCUGGAUGAGGGUAGGCCUGCCAAUGAGAUUAUGAUUAAGGAUGGCCCUACAUGUUUGACAAGAGAGAACCUGUUAUCUUUAGGUCUAAACAGGGAAAUGGACUCAAUGGUGGGAAAUGCUUGUCUGAGGCUUGUUAAGGAGAUGGUUGAGUUACAGGGGAAAAAGGUCUUUAUUAUGGACCUCCACAUCCCCCCAACAUGGCUCCCACCCUUGAGUUGUGACCCUCUAGGCAGUCUUCCUGUCGACUCCGCCGAGAAAGAUGCACUUAUAUUCCCGCUGUGGACACAAGGCCAUUUUUUGCUAUGUGGCUGUUGCACAAAAGCUCAUGCCUGGGCCAUGGGAAGAACAGUCAGGCCUGGAUGUUGAGGGGCUACCCCUACAACAUUAUGGGAUUGACUGUGGAUUAUUUAUGGUUAUGUAUACCUGGUACAUAACUGUGGAGGCAGCCUUUGAUUUCACCACCUCUGACAUGCCAUAUCUGAGGAGUUGGUGGUGCAAGGUUUUGCUCGAGAACCUUGAAAUUGAGGGGUAUGGU